GAAGGGCUGCAGCUGCUCCACGGUGCUGAAGUGUCACUUUGUCUAAGCCGCAUCCGGCAUAUCGCGAGCAGAGCGCGCAUCGUUAACGCCCUCCUCGGCUCCUCUCCGCAAGUCAUCACAUUGUAUCACUAUAUUUAUUUAUAGCUGUUUUAAUCAUCUUGCUUAAGAUAUCCAUCGUUUGUAAAUUAAUUUGAGACAAUGAUCAAGAACGGUCACCACGCGACGAGCGAACAGGGGAAAGACGCGGAGUCGGAGAGAGGCGGCAUCGGCCGCAGCCCGGAGAAACGAAAGCGUACCGUCCGGGUAUGGUGUGAUGGCUGCUACGACAUGGUGCACUAUGGACACUCCAACCAGAUGCGGCAGGCCAAGGCCAUGGGCGACUACCUUGUUGUUGGAGUUCACACUGAUGAAGAGAUUUCGAAGCACAAGGGCCCCCCCGUGUUCACGCAGGAGGAGCGCUACAGGUUGGUGCGCGCCAUCAAGUGGGUGGACGAAAUCGUGGAGGGUGCGCCGUACGUCACCACGCUGGGGACACUCGACAAGUACAACUGCGACUUCUGUGUCCAUGGAGAUGACAUCACACUUACAGUGGACGGAAAGGACACAUACGAGGAAGUGAAAAAGUCAGGCAGAUAUAGGGAGUGCCGGCGAACGCAGGGCGUAUCCACCACCGACCUGGUGGGACGGAUGCUGCUUCUGACCAAGGCUCACCACAGCAACAUUGACAAUUCGGACUACCAGCAGCACACAGAUAAUUUUGGAAAGGGGCCCAAAGGCCACAGUCCUUGGACGGGGGUGUCCCAGUUCCUCCAGACGUCCCAGAAGAUCAUCCAGUUCGCCUCGGGGAAGGAGCCCCAGCCAGACGACACCAUCAUCUAUGUGGCUGGAGCCUUUGACCUCUUCCAUAUUGGCCAUGUGGAUUUCCUGGAGAUGGUCUACAAGCAGGCAGAGAAGCCCUACGUCAUUGUGGGACUGCACUUCGAUCAAGAAGUGAACCGCUACAAAGGGAAGAAUUACCCCAUCAUGAACGUCCACGAGAGGACGCUGAGCGUGCUGGCCUGCAGGUUUGUGUCCGAGGUGGUCAUUGGGGCACCCUACGCCGUUGGGGCGGACCUGCUGGACCACUUCAAGGUGGACCUGGUGUGCCAUGGGAAAACGGAGGUGCUCCUCGACAAGGAUGGCACUGACCCAUAUGCUGAACCCAAGAAGAGGGACAUUUUCCGGGUUGUGGACAGUGGGAAUGACCUGAGCACUGACCACAUUGUGGAGAGGAUAAUCCAAAACAGGCUGCAGUUUGAGGCCAGGAACCAGAAGAAGGAGGCUAAGGAGCUAGCGGUGAUCCAGGCGAUAAAGCAGCAGGACGUGGGGAACGUGCAGGACUCGGUGCAGGACUCGGCGCAGGCGGUGGUGUAGGCGGGGCUGCAGGCCGGGGGGGGCAUCAAAUGGAGACUGAUCAGGAACAGUCAGAUGAUGCCCAGGGUGGACACACCUUUCCAUCUGAUGCCCCCCCCCAAUCGACCCCCCCCAAUGUCCACGCUUCACUACCUGUCCGCACUGUUUACUUCCUGGAAACUGCAGUGGCUUUGUGGUACAGAACGGGGGGGUCUGUAAUAUAACAUGAAUGUGACUGCCCCCCUGCUACGGGAACGCUGCUGGGGACCUGGACUAUGAUCAGUCUCAGUCAUGAAGAAUUGCGGAGAUCAACAACAAUCGUGUGAUGAAGUCCAGCAGAAAUUCUGCUAGCUAACAGCUUAAAUAUAACGCCGCAGUUUGCACCGGAGAGUCUAGAUUAAAGAUUACAGUUCUCAGACGGCCUGCCUUAACCUAAACCCCUACCCCCAUCCUGAGUGUCGUUUUCUUCGUUAACAAGACAGAGAUGGGCUCCACACCUGAGAACUGCGGAUGCAGGUUUUAUUGCGACUAUGUGGUGUUGGCCCGUGUUUAUGUUGCUUGGUUGUGAGACACCGUCCAGGAACAGAGUCCCGCUUGGGAAGGACAGGAGCAGCAUCGUUUGCAGCACGACGUUUUAAGUGGCCGCCUGCAAAUGGCUUUGACGAGUGACGUCUGUGAUGACUGUGGCGGGUCCGAAGGCAGCGGCACCUCAUUUUAAAGGCCGGAUAGUUUUUAUUUCUGUUUUAAAAGAGAUUUGCUUAUAUAGUGUUUUUAUUAACACGUCUAAAUUAUGAUGGGUGUUGUGCUGUGUGUUCCUUCUCAUUUGCCGUAGAUUUCCCCCCCCCCCCCCCCCCCAACUAGCUUCAGGAUCAACUGGUCGCAGGCAGGGGCCCAAGCAUGCCUGUCUGCCCCUGUGUACAUGUGCGGCUUCACUACUGAGCGUGUUCCUGCAUCUGCUUUUGGAUACGGCGUACCAUUUACGCACAUGGAUUCCUCAUUGGCGAGUGAGAGCCCCCCCCCUAAAGACCUUGCUGAUAUUCAGUCAUGACACUGGUACAUAUAACACACAGCAAGGGGGGGCGGUGGCUAGCCGUCAUCAUGGCCGGUGUGGGAUGUACCAGCUGCUGCUGAUGUGGGUUUUUUAACUGCUGAUAUUUUAAGAUGAUUUUGUCCUCUGUACACAAUGGAUACUUUCACUGGAUUUGCACUGCACCUUUUGUCAAAAACAAUGACUGGUUACACCCCUAA